GCUGAGGGUUUAUUGAGUAUGGAUUGAGCAUCACACUAAAAACCUUCCCCGGAAAAAGGGACCAAAGGAUGUAAACUGAAAAUUUUAAAAUCUGCUUUGUUUUCCUCAAAUUGCUGAAGAUCCAGAGAUGGUCCUGGCUUUCCAGUUAGUCUCCUUCACCUACAUCUGGAUCAUAUUGACACCAAAUGUUUGUGCUGCUUCUAACAUCAAGAUGACACACCAGCGGUGCUCCUCUUCAAUGAAACAAACCUGCAAACAAGAAACUAGAAUGAAGAAAGAUGACAGUACCAAAGUGCAGCCUCAGAAAUAUGAGCAACUUCUCCAUAUAGAGGACAACGAUUUCACAAUGAGACCUGGAUUUGGAGGGUCCCCAGUGCCAGUAGGUAUAGAUGUCCAUGUUGAAAGCAUUGACAGCAUUUCAGAGACUAACAUGGACUUUACAAUGACUUUUUAUCUCAGGCAUUACUGGAAAGACGAGAGGCUCUCCUUUCCUAGCACAGCAAACAAAAGCAUGACAUUUGAUCAUAGAUUGACCAGAAAGAUCUGGGUGCCUGAUAUCUUUUUUGUCCACUCUAAAAGAUCCUUCAUCCAUGAUACAACUAUGGAGAAUAUCAUGCUGCGCGUACACCCUGAUGGAAACGUCCUCCUAAGUCUCAGGAUAACGGUUUCGGCCAUGUGCUUUAUGGAUUUCAGCAGGUUUCCUCUUGACACUCAAAAUUGUUCUCUUGAACUGGAAAGCUAUGCCUACAAUGAGGACGACCUAAUGCUAUACUGGAAACAUGGAAACAAGUCCUUAAAUACUGAAGAACAUAUGUCCCUUUCUCAGUUCUUCAUUGAAGACUUCAGUGCAUCUAGUGGAUUAGCUUUCUAUAGCAGCACAGGUUGGUACAAUAGGCUUUUCAUCAACUUUGUGCUAAGGAGGCAUGUUUUCUUCUUUGUGCUGCAAACCUAUUUCCCAGCCAUAUUGAUGGUGAUGCUUUCAUGGGUUUCAUUUUGGAUUGACCGAAGAGCUGUUCCUGCAAGAGUUUCCCUGGGAAUCACCACAGUGCUGACCAUGUCCACAAUCAUCACUGCUGUGAGCGCCUCCAUGCCCCAGGUGUCCUACCUCAAGGCUGUGGAUGUGUACCUGUGGGUCAGCUCCCUCUUUGUGUUCCUGUCAGUCAUUGAGUAUGCAGCUGUGAACUACCUCACCACAGUGGAAGAGCGGAAACAAUUCAAGAAGACAGGAAAGAUUUCUAGGAUGUACAAUAUUGAUGCAGUUCAAGCUAUGGCCUUCGAUGGUUGCUACCAUGACAGCGAGAUUGACAUGGACCAGACUUCCCUCUCUCUAAACUCAGAAGACUUCAUGAGAAGAAAAUCGAUAUGCAGCCCCAGCACCGAUUCAUCUCGGAUAAAGAGAAGAAAAUCCCUAGGAGGACAUGUUGGUAGAAUCAUUCUGGAAAACAACCAUGUCAUUGACACCUAUUCUAGGAUUUUAUUCCCCAUUGUGUAUAUUUUAUUUAAUUUAUUUUACUGGGGUGUAUAUGUAUGAAGGGGAAUUUCAAAUGUAUACAACUUUAAAGCCAGAUGAUGUUUAAAAACAAAACUCUUGAAUAUGAGUUGGAUAGUCCUAGAUGGAACUGGGAAAGAGCAAGUCACCUCUCCUGCCCUAAUGAAAAUUUGAAAGCUGUCUGAUUUACAUCUAAGAAAGAGUUUAGGUCCUAGAAAAGUUUGACUCCAUAAAUAAGAGUCAUAGGCAAGUGUAUUAUGGGAAAAACAGUUUUCUAUUGGGAAGGGCUUUAUAACUACUUCAUCUGAACCCUCCUUCUUUCUUAAUGAAAUGUUCUUUAUUUAACUAGGGAAGAAAGCUGGACUAUAACAAUAAUUCAAAGAUAUUUUGUUUCUUAGUGCCAGCCAAGUGCCUGGUUAUCUACCAGAGCUCAACCAUCCUAGGCAAGAACAUCCACAUAGAGGUGGUAUCAUCUGCACUCACACAGCUGAGAAUCCUAUGAAGGAUCUCCAAUCUCCUUCUCCAGUCAAGUAUUUAUUCUUAUUUAAAUAUUGUUUCAGGCCAGGUGCAGUGGCUCAUGCUUGUUAUCCCAGCACUUUGGGAGGCCGAGGUGGGCAGAUCAUUUGAGGUCAGGAGUUCAAGACCAGCCUGGCCAACAUGGUGAAACCCCAUCUCUACUAAACAUACAAAAAUUAGCGGGCAUGGUGGCACAUGCCUGUAGUCUGUGCUACUUGGGAGGCUGAGGCAGGAGAAUCACUUGAACGUGGGAGGCAGAGGUUGCAGUGAGCUGAGAUUGAGCCACUGCACUCUAGCCUGGGCAACAGAGCGAGACAUCAUCUCAAAAAAUAAAUAAAUAAAAUAAAUAAAUAUAUAUAAAUAAAAAAUAUUGUUUCAUGUAUUUGUGAGCAUAAGUGGAGAGGGGAAGCUAAACUUCCACUUAUUCUUCUCAUUCUAAUGUUAAAUUAAUACAUCAGUCAUCAAUAAUAACAUCUUGCAUUUUGUAGAUCAUGUAUUGUUUUCACAGCUUUUUAGAGGUUUUUAAUUAAUCACUUUGUUCAACAAAUGUUUAUUGACCAUCUACGUGUGCCAGGCACUUCACUAAGUGUUAUGUACUGAAAAAAUGAGUAUGAAAUAGCAUUCCUGCCUUCUCUAAGUGCAUAGCCAACAGGAGCAGUGAACUGGAGCUAUAAAACAUGUGACGAAUGUUAAAAUAGAGGUAUGUACACUGUCUGGUGUGAGUUCUGAAAGGGGGAUACCAAAGAAAGGAAAAGAACAUCUCCAAAGGGAUGUGGACUCUCAAUUUAUAAACAACUGGAGAUGCUUCCAGAUAUUGUAUUGAGUGAAAAAACUGAAUGAAAUGUAUUUAUCCCAUAGUAAUCCUUAAUAUCUUUGGUUGAGCAAGUAAACCAGGUCAAGUGGGUAUUAAAUAAAUUUUUGUUAAGUAGGAAAACCUCCUAUGAUCAGUGUUCAUUUUGCAGAUCGGCAGUGUGCAUGCUUUUGUUUUGAGUAUUUUCUGAACAAGAUUCAAUUUAAAGAAAAGCCCUUGGCAGGAAAUAUGAAAUACUCCGAUACCUAUUUUGAUUGCUGGGAUUGAAUUAAGAGAAAUAAAUUAAAUGGUGUAUUA